GGGGCAAGAAAUGCUCACACAAAAAAAGGUAAUGAUGACGAUACAAACUCGUUUUAUAUUUCUCACAGUUAGAUACAAGCUUCAGCUUCUUCUACUUUUACAAUAAAUUCAUAAGUUGAAUGACAAAAUGUCAAAAAAGGCAUAUUUCUUGUGUAGUUUUAUUAUUUGUUUUGUUGGAUUUAUAGCGUCUUUAACUGUCGAAUUACCAGAAUGCGAUCCACCGGCUUUUCCUUCAAGGGGAGGGUAUGGUCCAAUACAGGAAUAUUACGUCGUAGGUGACAGCAUCCACUACUUUUGUGAAAACGAUGCAUACAUUGGGGGCAACUAUUACAGAAGGUGCGAGGAUAACGGAGAUUGGACUGGGGACACACCCGUUUGUGAUGGCUCAACAAACAUACAGCUUGUGAACCAAACUACUACUGCCCAGCCCGAAGUGGACAACAACGCCUCUCUUGCACUUGAUGGUAUUCGAAGUACAUGCUCAUUAACGGAUGGUGGUCAUGACCAGUAUUGGAUGGCAAUAUUUAAGGAUCCCGGAGAAUUGAUUCGAGUCAUGGUCUUCAUGCCGCAAGGAGAAGUUGCUUACGAAGUUCUUCUUUUGAAGAACGAUGGAUCAGUUCUAAGUUGCGGAAGCAAAAGAGAUGCAAAUGGCCGCUUAGGAUGGGAAUUUCAUAACUGCCCCGGCCCAAACAAUAGAGAUGCCAUUGGAGUUAAAAUUGUUUCCCUGUCUCCUAAACCACUUGAAAUUUGUGAAAUUGCAGCUCACGUCUUGAUAUCACCAACAUGCGUUGAUCCUCACUUACACGUUGAUGAUGGUCAGAUUCAGCUUACUCGGCAAACGGCUUCUUUAGUUUGUAAUAAAGGUUUCACGCGAAGUCCUGUAAGCAAAAUAGAAUGCGUGCGCGACGGCGUCUGGAACAGAAAACGUCUCUAUUGUUUAGAGCGACAAUGGACUGAGGACAUAGAGAGAGAAAGAGUACAGCAUCAACCACCUGCUAAUGACCCAUAAGACAAAGAGUUGCGAAGAAUAGCUAAUUUUUUUCAUAGUAAUACUUACUCAAGUUUAACGUUCUUCAAGUUUAGAAUAGCUAUAACUUGUAAUAUACAGAAUAAUAAAUUAUCUAAAGUAUGAA